GUUGCCUUUUUCAAUGAUGAUAAUGAUAAUUGAUAAACCAAACAGAGAAGAGAGAAAAAAAACAGUUGCUUGCUUUACUUCAAUUACUCUCUUGAUUAUCUAAAUUUUUUGAGCUUCAUUUGUUAUGUUAUUGCUUCGGCUUCAACCCAUUAAUGGAAUAUCUCAGCUCUCAGUGGGGACUUCAUUCCCACACAAGAAAUGUAGCCGAAGACCCCUCCUUCCGAGACCACAAGCUGUUCCCUCCAGAACCCAGAGGAUAAUGGAGAGUGUUUCAGUGAGUGGAGAAGUUGGUGGUGCUGGUGGAGCAUACUCAUAUGAAGCCUUGAAAAGAUUAGACCAGCUAUGGUCAAGCAUAUGCUCCUCUCAAGAAGUUGUGCAAGAGCCUCAGCAAGUUGUCUCUACCAUCCCAAGCUUGUUUGGCUCAUCUGAUCUUGCUGACAAAGCAGAGGGAUCAUACGAUGUGUUAGUAUGUGGAGGCACUCUGGGGAUCUUCAUUGCCACGGCCUUGUGUGCUAGGGGUCUUCGAGUUGCCAUUGUGGAAAGAAAUGUGCUAAAAGGGAGAGAUCAGGAAUGGAAUAUAUCAACUAAGGAGCUUUUGGAACUUGUAGAAGUUGGGGUCCUGGAAGAAGAUGACAUUGAAAGAGCCACAGCAGUAAAAUUCAAUCCUAACAGAUGUGGAUUUGAAAGGAAAGGGGAUAUCUGGGUCAACGACAUACUUAAUCUCGGAGUCUCACCUGCAAAGCUUAUAGAGAUUGUAAAGACACGGUUUAUCUCCCUUGGUGGAGUCAUUUUUGAGGGGUGUGGUGUUUCCUGCAUCAAUGUAUAUGAGGAUGCUGCAGUUCUGAAACUUUCUGGGGACAAAAUAUUGUCAUCACGUCUUAUAAUUGAUGCCAUGGGAAACUUCUCCCCUGUUGUAAAACAGAUAAGAGGUGGGAGGAAGCCUGAUGGUGUUUGCCUUGUCGUUGGAACAUGUGCACGUGGCUUUGAAACAAACUCCACUAGUGAUGUCAUAUUCAGCAGUUCAUCAAUAAAGAAAGUUGGAGAUUCAAAAGCACAAUUAUUUUGGGAGGCAUUUCCAGCAGGCUCAGGUCCUUUGGACCGUACUACUUAUUUGUUCACUUAUGUGGAACCUCAACCUGGAUCCCCAAAAUUGGAAGAAUUAUUAGAAGCGUACUGGGAUUUGAUGCCAGAAUAUCAGGGUGUUUCACUUGACAAUUUGGAGAUACUGAGAGUUAUUUAUGGAAUAUUUCCCACAUAUCGCCAGAGUCCGCUACCAGCUGCUUUUAGUAGAGUUUUACAGUUUGGUGAUGCUAGUGGCAUACAAUCACCUGUUUCAUUUGGUGGAUUUGGAAGCUUGACCAGGCACCUGGGGAGACUGUCAGCUGGAAUACAUGAAGCAAUCAAUGGUGAUUAUCUUGACUCAUACAGCUUGUCACUGCUGAACCCUUACAUGCCCAACUUGAGUGCUUCAUGGUUGUUCCAAAGAGCAAUGUCAGCAAAGAAACAGUCCAAUGUUCCCGAAGAUUUUAUUAAUGAACUUCUAUAUACCAAUUUUAGUUGUAUGCAGAGGCUUGGUGAUCCAGUGCUCCGACCAUUUCUACAGGAUGUUGUACAGUUUGGUCCACUUUCCAAGACAUUGGGCCUAGUUAUGUUAACAAAUCCUAAAAUACUCCCAUCCAUAUUCAAACAGGUUGGUAUUCCCGUACUUCUUGAUUGGUCCAGACAUUUUCUGGGGCUUGGCUACUACACCUUUUUAUCGACCUUUGCUGAUCCUAUUGUGAGGCCAUUUUUAAAUACAUUACCAUCCAAGACGAGUUUCCAGUGGAAGCGGCAUCUCGAGGCUUGGAAAUAUGGAGCUGGUCUUGAUUACAAGUUAUAGUAACUACUUUUACAUAUGAUUCAAACCAACCUUCAAAAUAGAGAUGAUGUGGUGGCAUAAUUGGUUUUUUCCUCACAUCCAAUUUCUUGUGGUUCUUCUCAAGAUUUACUCUUCAUCUCAUUCCUUCUUGAUCUUCAAUGGAAACGGGAAGUUUUGAUUCAUUUUUACCACUUCAACAUCAAGUGAGGUGACAUAAAUGAAAACUAUUUUUAAGUCCGAGAUAUAUCAUCUAAAUUGUCCAUAGGGUGUUCCAAAACGAAGCAUGUAAAGAGAGCAAUAAAUCAAAUCACUAAUAUGUUAGGCUUGUAAGAAACGUCA